UUGAUAUUGUGUGAAAAGGCAAUGAGUUACGUUACGCUAAAUGUGUUGUGAUAUGGAGUGAUGAAAUGAUAUAAUGUGUGCAUCGUUUGAUUGAGCAACAUGCGAGUGAGUAAGCGUGUGUAGAAAAGAUUCGAGAAUUCUUCCGUUUUCACAGAAGUGUUUGCCCGCAAUUCAAUAACCACACAGUGACGUGCGAAGAAAGAAAACAUGCUGCAGCAUCCGUCAAGCGAUUACUAUGAGCUAUCUGUGGCCACCAAACAGACGCCCCCAACGUUUAGUCCACAGGGCGGUGGUGGUGGUGGUGGUGGCGCCGGUGGAACGGGAGCAUUAGUGAUUAACAGCAAUAAUAAUAACAACAACAACAGCAAUAGUGUGAAUAAUAACAACAAUAGCAGCGCCCCGAGCGACGCCGAUCUGGAGCUGAUUGCGCAGAAUGGGACAAACGUUGGGUCGGCCGCUGAUCGCGAGUCGUUGCCGAGCUUCGGCUUCACCCAGGAGCAGGUGGCGUGCGUUUGCGAGGUUCUACAGCAGGCGGGCAAUGUCGAGCGGUUAGGGCGAUUUCUCUGGUCCCUGCCACAGUGUGAUAAACUGCAGCUGCACGAAUCCGUCCUGAAGGCGAAGGCGGUAGUCGCGUUCCAUCGCGGUAACUUCAAGGAGCUGUACCGUCUGCUCGAACACCACCAGUACUCACCGCACAACCACGCCAAACUGCAGGCACUCUGGCUUAAAGCACACUACGUGGAGGCGGAAAAGCUUCGGGGACGACCACUGGGAGCGGUCGGUAAAUAUCGCGUACGGCGCAAAUUCCCACUGCCUCGCACAAUCUGGGACGGAGAGGAAACGAGCUACUGUUUUAAGGAAAAAUCAAGAUCGGUCCUGCGCGAUUGGUACACCCAUAAUCCCUACCCAUCGCCAAGGGAAAAGCGGGAGCUGGCCGAAGCAACCGGAUUAACGACGACGCAGGUUUCAAAUUGGUUCAAAAACCGGCGACAGCGUGAUCGAGCAGCUGAGCACAAAGACACUGGAGAAUCGGACAAGCAGCAUCUGGACUCGUCCAGCGAUUCCGACAUGGAGGGCCCAAGUUUGGCCUCGAUGACCUCCGGCAAUGGAGUGGGCGGUCCGGGAGGAGUGCUUCAUGCGACUUCCGGCGGUGGAAUACAUCUCGGAACGAGUGGAGGAACGCUCACGUCCAGCACGGCCGGUGGAGGUGUCACCGGGGGUGUGCUGGGCGGUGGUUCGACCGGUGGUUCCGGAGCGGCCGGCGGCGUGGGGCUUGGUUCUGGGUCUCUGGAACAUCAUCACCAGCACGGUGCUCACACGCAUCAUGCACACCAUCCCGGGUCGGCUCAUGCGCACACACCAGGAGCACAACAGCAGCAAGGACAAGCGCAUUCCCAUGCACACCACAACCAUCAGCAGCAGCAGCAACAGCAACAGCAACAACAGCAACAACAGCAACAGCAACAGCAGCAUCUGCACCAUCAUCAUCAUCACCAUCAUCACCAACCACAGCCACUAGGUACGCGGAACGGCAACCUGAUGAACAUUGGGCCCGGUGUCGGCAGCAAAACGACAUCGAUCGGAUCCCUCUCGGCGGCUGCCGCCUAUUCGCACUUUCACAACGUGAUGGGUUCGAUGCCACUGUACGAUAUCGGUGAUUAUCAGCACUUAUGAUUUUAAGCCAGCCAGUCACAUACCCUUGCCGGUGUGGUAAGGAUAAAGGGAGGAGCUACAGACAGUAGCCUCCUGGCGUAACCUCCUGGUACCGUCACGUUGGCACACCGGGCAAACGCACGCGCGAUCCCUUGCUAGUGAAAUAAUGCAUCUUAACUCAAUUUUAAUUCCGGGCGUAGCGUUUCAUUUUCUUUGUGUAAUCAAAA